AUGUGGCGGUUGGUGCUUGGACUCUCUCUCGUGGCGGCUACGGCUGCGGCGGCGGGAACCGAGGCCGGGAGCGCGCCCAACAUCAUCAUCCUCCUCAUGGACGACAUGGGUUGGGGGGACCUGGGGGUCUUCGGGGAACCUUCCAGAGAGACGCCAAACCUGGACCGAAUGGCUGCAGAAGGAAUGCUCUUCCCGAAUUUCUACGCUGCCAACCCACUGUGCUCCCCUUCCCGUGCUGCAUUGCUAACAGGUCGUCUUCCCAUUAGAAAUGGUUUCUACACGACAAAUGCUCAUGCUCGAAACGAUCUGAAAGAAGCAUACACACCACAGGAGAUUGUGGGAGGGAUCCCUGAUUCAGAGAUCCUUCUGCCAGAACUUCUUCGGAAGGCAGGAUAUUCCAGCAAAAUCGUUGGGAAGUGGCACUUGGGACAUCAAGCCCAAUUCCAUCCCAUGAAGCAUGGCUUUGACGGAUGGUUUGGAGCUCCAAAUUGUCACUUUGGACCAUACAACAACAAGGACAAACCCAACAUUCCUGUCUACAACAACUCAGAGAUGGUUGGCAGGUAUUAUGAAGAGUUUAAGAUUGACUUAAAAAUUGGAGAAUCCAACCUCACUCAGAUAUACUUACAGGAAGCAAUUGAGUUUAUCAGGCGACAGGCUGCCAAGAAGCAAAACUUCCUCCUUUAUUGGGCUGUUGAUGCAACACAUGCACCAGUCUAUGCAUCAAGAACUUUCCUGGGAACAAGUCGGAGAGGCUUAUAUGGGGAUGCAGUCCGCGAGAUAGAUGACAGUAUUGGGAAAAUCCUACAGGAACUGCACACCCAAAAUAUUGCCAACAACACAUUUGUGUUUUUCACAUCAGACAAUGGAGCUGCACUCAUCUCAGCCCCCAAUCAAGGUGGGAGUAAUGGUCCGUUCUUGUGUGGAAAGGAGACAACAUUUGAAGGAGGAAUGCGGGAGCCUGCAAUUGCCUGGUGGCCAGGACACAUAUCUGCUGGACAGGUCAGUUAUCAGCUGGGUACUGUCAUGGAUCUAUUCAUGACCAGCCUGACACUGGCUGGGCUUCAACCACCUACUGAUCGACAAUUGGACGGGAUUGAUCUUUCACCUGUGCUGUUCCAGAAUAAGAUUAUCAGCAGGCCAGUGUUUUACUACCGAGGGAAUGAGUUGAUGGCUGUACGGUUCGAUCUGUACAAGGCUCAUUACUGGACAUGGAGUAACUCCUGGGAGGAACUGCAGCAGAUCCUGAUGAAAGAUUCUGACCUGAAACGUUGA